AUGAGUGAACGUGUCAAAAAUCACUUGAGUCGCGCCCAUAUGCAUGCCAAUGUGAACCCUCUGGAAGGAGAUCAACCUCUGAAUGGACCAAACGACCAGGAUGAGGGUGAAUGUGAGGAAGCCCAUUUGAAUCAAACGGAACCGAAGACAGAAGAGAAGCAACCAGACACGAAGCCCAAGGGCAACGACACCCCAGAGGGCGGAUAUUACGAACCAGGGGAUCAGACACCCAUUUGGAAUCCGCCGUCAGCUGCCGCCAGUGAUCAGGCAAAGGGACGGGUAAAACCCGCGAGUGAGAGCUUCGGGGAGUUCAAUAUUGAGACCAGCAAGAGCUUCCUGAACAAGACCCAUCAAAACGUUGAAGAUGCACAGCCACUCUUAGAUCGUAGCAAGCUCCAAGUCAAGGACAUGAACGCGCUCAUAAGCCCAGUGGAAUCUGAUCCAGCCAUGCUAAUAGGCCAAGACUUCAGCUCAAUCCUGAAUAAAGUGAUUCAUACCCUGGCCAAGAGCACAAAGGGACCGGUUGAUGUCGGGCAAACGCCUUCGCCCUCAUCUGAUCCACCCCCACCUCCGUUACCAGCCACUGAUGUUUUACCCGGCCCUUCCCCACCUCUAUCUGAGACCCCCCUCAAUCCCCUGACUGAUUCUAACCUGACAAGAGUUCCUUCGAUAUCAAACCCUCAUGAAGCUGAGGCUGAAGUUGUUAAUCAAUGUACCUCCUACCUUGGUGCGAACCAUUCAGGUAGAGCAGCAGCGGAAGUAGGGCCCUCGGCCUCAUCUCAACUAAAAUAUCACUCAAACUCGUCGGAAGUGAUUGCGCCCCCACCCCCUCCUGGAAAUCCACGACAAGCAAAGGACAUGCGACGCCCAUCCGGGAGUAUUUCUGACGUGGAGAUCAACAGCUUCAUGAACCAAUGGUGCCAUCAACCUCCAGCUCAGCCCACCACCUCUACAGAACUGGUCACACCAAGUGCAUCCACCCACAAGGAACCUGUGCUUUCUUCGGCUUUAGCCAAACUCAGAGCCCGGAAAGCCCAGAAGAAAGCGGCACAAGCUGAGGUUUCUUCAUCCACGGGAGGUCGUAGCAGUCCACUGGGCUCGGACAUUUCGGAAUGCUCUAACGCCUCUGGACAAAACUUUCUGCCAGGCAACCAAUAUAGCCGACAAUAUCCUCCUCCUCCUAUUCCUCCCCUUCCUCCCCUUCCUCCAAGUGCUCAUUAUCAGCAUCAGCACCAGCCACAACAACGUCAGCCCUAUGCACCAUCUUACCACUCGGACGUUGGAAAUGGGUGGGGUGGAGCCCAACCUCCUCUACCCCCCAUCCCACCUCCACCUCUUUCGAUUCCACCCUCUUCGUCUUACCUGCACCCUUUUCCGUCUCACUAUCAGCAACCGCCUCUGCCGCCCUCACAGCAGAUCUUCCGGCCCAGAUAG